CUGUCAGAGCAAAGUCGAAGAGAAGUGGAUGAGCUUGCAAUUCCAUUACCGUCUAUUAUAUUCUUUGGUUUUGAGAACAAAUACAUAUUUCUAACUAAAAACAUUUAUAUUACUCUUUAUUUUAAAUUAAUCAAGAAAAGUUUAAACCUGAAAAAUGUCUACAAAUACGGGUAAAAUCAUUAAAAUGGAAGUGGACUAUGAAGACACUUGCAAUGAAAAGAUCCCACUGUGGAAGUCAUGGGCUUCUAGUGGCAGAGUUCAAGAGGCAAUUGAUCAACUUCUGGCAUUGGAGAAACAAACUAGAACAGGUGCUGACAUGGCAUCAACAGCAAGAAUUUUAGUUGCCAUUGUUCAAAUUUGGUAUGAGGCUAAGAACUGGCCAGCACUCAAUGAUCACAUUGUUUUACUGUCAAAGAGAAGGUCACAACUUAAGCAGGCAGUGGUAAAAAUGGUACAAGAAUGCUACACUUAUGUAAACAAGACUCCAGAUAAAGAAACUAAAAUCAAGUUAAUUGAAACCCUGAGGUCAAUAACGGAGGGUAAGAUUUACGUAGAAGUAGAAAGGGCAAGACUUACCAACAUUUUAGCAAAAAUAAGAGAAGAAGAAGGUGAUGUAGCAGAAGCUGCAAAGAUAAUACAAGAACUACAAGUUGAGACAUACGGAUCUAUGGAUAAACGUGAGAAAGUAGAAUUGAUAUUGGAACAAAUGAGGCUAUGCCUUGCAAUUAAAGAUUACAUUCGUACCCAGAUCAUAUCAAAGAAAAUUAAUACUAAAUUCUUUGAAGAGGAUGACACUCAGGAGUUGAAAGAGAAAUUCUAUCGUAUAAUGAUAGCGGUGGACCAACAGAAUGGACAGUACCUGUCCGUGUGCAGACAUUUCCGUGCACUAGGUGCUACUGGCGGCUCCGAAUCUCUCAUUGGGAGUGUGGUCUUCCUGAUACUGGCUCCAUAUGACAAUGAACAGGCCGACCUUACCCACAGAGUUAACGAAGAUAAAGACUUGGACAAACUACCUGAAUAUAAGCAAUUGUUGGGGUUGUUCAUCAAUCCAGAGAUAAUAAGAUGGAACACUCUCUGUUCCACUUAUGAGAAAAUGCUGCGCAAGACGCCAUACUUUAAUGCCUCCGAGGAGAAGGGCCAGGAGCGCUGGAACGAUCUCAAGAACAGAGUUGUUGAACAUAACAUCCGCAUAAUGUCGAUGUACUACACACGCAUCUCGCUGCAGCGCAUGAGCGAGCUGCUGGGGCUGGGCGCGACUGAGACCGAGGAGGCGCUCAGCCAGCUCGUCGUCACCGCCGUCGUGAAGGCCAAGAUCGAUCGCCCAGCUGGAGUCGUACACUUCAGUUUGAAUAUGGACUCAUCGGACCGUCUGAACGAGUGGUCGCACAACCUGAACACUCUUAUGCAGCUAGUUAACAAAACCACACAUCUCAUUAACAAGGAGGAAUGCGUACACAAGCAUCUGCUAGCCGCCGCCGAGUGAACUAACUAUAUUUAUCUUC